CCUCUCGAAGCGCGCCUCGGCACCGGACGCUGCGGGCGGUGCCUCAGGCAGCGCGGCGGACAGCCCGACCUUCUGCGCGCCGCGGACCUCGGAGGACCCCAGCGACGGCUUCAGCGUAGGGCCGGGCGGACGCGGCGGCAGCGGCGGCGGCGGUCGUUGCGAUUGAUUACGCUGGUUGUCUCCGGAACCCAUUUCUCUGGCUGCCCUUGCUGCACUGGCUGACUGUUGUGCAGCCGGCGCCAUGUCUGUGAGCGAGAUCUUCGUGGAGCUGCAGGGCUUUUUGGCUGCCGAGCAGGAUAUCCGAGAGGAAAUCCGAAAAGUUGUACAGAGUUUAGAACAAACAGCUCGUGAGAUUUUAACUCUACUGCAAGGGGUCCAUCAGGGUGCUGGGUUUCAGGACAUUCCAAAGAGGUGUUUGAAAGCUCGAGAACAUUUUGGUACAGUAAAAACACAUCUAACAUCUUUGAAGACCAAGUUUCCUGCUGAACAAUAUUACAGAUUUCAUGAACACUGGAGGUUUGUGUUGCAGCGCUUGGUCUUCUUGGCAGCAUUUGUUGUGUAUUUGGAAACAGAAACACUAGUUACUCGAGAAGCAGUUACAGAAAUUCUUGGCAUUGAGCCAGAUCGGGAGAAAGGAUUUCAUCUGGAUGUAGAAGAUUACCUCUCAGGAGUUCUAAUUCUUGCUAGUGAACUGUCGAGGCUGUCGGUCAACAGCGUGACUGCCGGAGACUACUCUCGGCCUCUCCACAUCUCCACCUUCAUCAAUGAGCUGGAUUCCGGUUUCCGUCUUCUCAACCUGAAAAAUGACUCCCUGAGGAAGCGCUAUGAUGGAUUGAAAUAUGACGUGAAGAAAGUAGAGGAGGUGGUCUAUGACCUCUCCAUCCGGGGCUUCAAUAAAGAGACGGCAGCGGCUUGUGUUGAAAAAUAGGAGGCUCUCCCUGCCCCUGGCCUUGCUGACCUCUGCGGUUGCCAGGGAGGGUGAGCACAGAGUGCCUCUUACGGUAGUUAGGAUGCCCAGUUGCUAAACACUGCGCUUUAUUUUCUUAACCAGUUGUGUGGUGUGAGUAUCAGAAUUGACACACUUUUUUGGGGGUAAAAAUAAUAGCCUUUACAUGGACAGAAUUUUCUUCAUUGUUUCAGUGACUUUGCUCUGUAAUUCAGUGUAUUUCAGUUCUGUCAAAAAGUGUAAAUGUCAACCUUUUGGUAAAGCCCUUUUCUUGCUUACCCUGACUGUUGAUGUACUGAUUGAGAAGUUUAUUGUCUUGUUUGUGAUUCUUCCAGAUGUGACGCUUUAAAUUUUCUAUAUCCAAGGUAGCCAUCCAUGCCCAGGUGUAGCCUGGAUACGGUAUAAAAAUAGAUAAUUAGAAAGGAUGGUUGUCAAGCAAGGAGAACUUAUUUUAUAUUUUCCCUUCCUCAUUUUAAGCCUUGUGAGUAAAUCAAAUGUUGAAUUUUUUUUGCCAAGGGAGUUAUAGCCCAGGUUCUCUCUCACUGCCAUAUAAAACAUGAAAGAUUAAACUGCAGAGUCAGGCUCUACAGAUUAUUUGGAAAGUUUUUGUAUUAAAAGAUUUAGUAACAUCUUAUCAUUUGGUUCUACCAGGCAGGGAGUAGAGCUUAGUGUCUUCAAACACCUCUAUUUUCUGAUGUUGCCUUAACAUUAUGCUGUUGCAGCAAUUAAAAAUUGAAAAAUUGUCUCCACCCACAUCUUGAAUUAACAAGUCCUGUGAUACAUUCCUAAACUGUAAAACCUUUUUCCUAUCAGCCAACUGUACUGUUUGGUCUAGAAAUAUAAAGCCACCCACAUAAGUUAAUGAGCAAAACCCUGACUAGUAUGUUAAAGAAAAAUACCGUGCUUUGCCUGGAAGAAAGAGAAAACCUUGGACUUAAAAAAAAUUUGGUUUGAUUUGGUAAUGUUUUUUAGAGUAAGAAAUUUCAGGUUGGUGGAUAUCCCAACAGUCAGGUUUUAAAUUUACACUUUUGGGCAAGUCAUGUAAAUCUUGUUGGCAACCCUCAUCCCCAUUUUCAGAUAGUACUAAGAUUAUUUGCCAGGUAGCUCUUGCUAUUGAAUUAAAAUUAUUAAAGUGGUGACUUAAUUCAUAGUUACUUGAUACCCACUGAAAGGAAAGUGCUAGUGUUUCCAGAAUAAUAUGAUGUAUUUAAAAGUAUCACCUUUUCUUGCGUAAUAAUCAGUUUGGGCUUCCUGUUUAUACCGCGGGAACAAAUAGGCCUAGUCUUUACAGCUUUUAUCAGGCCAAAUUAAAGGCUGACUACAUUUUCCAUCAUGAAGAAAGAAGAGGAAAUGAGGCCAUGAGUUGCUGUGCAUUGUUGGAUUUUAGAACAAUUUUCUUGACAGCUCUUUCUGCAGAAUUUGUAGAAAGAAAAAGGUGUUAGGUUCUUAAAAAUGCCCAGGAUGGUCACUUAAAAUGUGCACUAAAUCGCACUGCCUGGAUUGACCGUAAAAGGCUUUUCAAUUGUGUGAUCAGACAUAGGCAGUAAGUUUGAUAUAGGUUUUUUUUUUUAAGUUUUGCCUCUUAAUGUGUUGAUUCUGCUUGAGAAUAUUAAAGUACUUGCCAGAAGUUGUGGAUUUCAGUUUUAACAAAUGUAGUUUAAGUGGAGGAGCGCAUUCUGGCCUUGGAAUUCCAUUUGAGAAUUUAGAAGAGUCAUGUUUAUAAGUAUUCAAUUGUGUUUGUUGCUGGCUUGUUGUAAAGCAAUAAAAGAUUUUUUUGGUCCUUUUGUAACUGAGUGUGCUGCUGUGAGAACUCUUCUAUGUGGAGAAUAAAUAUUCUGAAUAUUUUUUGAGGCUGAACAAGGCCAGGAUGACAAGCACAUACUGCUGUGUAAUGGUCACACUAACCAAAAGACACCAGCCACUCAGAGUUCUUUACUGCAAGUGCAGAUAACAUUUGUGUGGUCUACCUGGGUUAGGGGAAUUAAAGGUAGUUUAACUGAA